AACACGACAAAACCUGACCUGCUGACAGCAGACCCCACGUUUUUCUUCUGCUGCACUGCUAGAGAGAAGUCCACGGAGAACGUAGGAUGAGCUCGAUUCCUUUCUAUGCCGUAGACACCAGUCGUCGUGCUAUGGGCUGCCGCCGCCCGCAGACUCGGGCGUCGCCGUCCAGGAAGACGGCUUUCCCAACAGAUCCCCUAGUCGACCCGUCCUCCAACCCCUCCACCUCCUCACACCCUCCCCCGCCACCUCACACUCCCAAUUCUUACACUCCAACCACACCCACACCACCAGAACACUCCCUACACUUCAAUUUGUCACUCAUCUGCACCGUACCUGACACCGGUACUUUGACCUCUGACCCCAGAAGCUCCGCCCACCUUAACCAGCAAAGCCACAACAGAGACUUGGCUAUGGAGGCUCUUGGAAUGUUUAAUUAGCUCUCCGCCACGAGGAACCAAGUCAUCAUCUCUUCCCCAGUGUAUCGACCACCAAUUUCAUUACCUGCCCCUUGUGUAAUAGUUUUGUCAGCAUGCAUGGAAGUCUUUCAUUGUUAACCUCUUUGUAUCCAGCAGUGUUGUUAUGCUACCUUUGAAUG